UUACUCCAUGUCAAGAUGUAAAAGUAGUUGUUGUUGCUGUUUUUACCAUUUUCACCCCAAUUGUUUUGUUUAUAUUUUUUCUUUGGAAAAAUUGCGACUGAAAACUUUUCUUUUUGCAAUCGAUUACAAUUUUCUGCAAACUUUUAAACAUAACUUGAAGUAAUGACAGAUUUACAACCUAAUGGUGAACCUAAAAAGAUAUAUCUCAGCAAACCAUCGGAACAGCCAGCCGUCAAAAACGAACCUAUAGUAUCAACUAGCACUCCUCAAUAUACAACAGCUAGCACUCCUCAACAAUGGAGAUCUUUAAGAAGUUGUUCGGCAGAUAUGGUACGUAUACCACCGAGACGGCAUCCACCACCGGUGGAUAAGACAGGUGAAGAACAUUUGAGUAAUCACAAGAAACAACGUUACUGGAAUUCCUGGGAAGAGUUGUAUUUGGUCGAAUUGUGGCGUCGCUACAAGGAAGAAUUGACCGUAGUCAAUGUGCCUUUGCCGGUAUAUCGUAAGAUGAUGAUAGCCAUGCGUAAUCGUAAUAUGAUAGUUACAGCUCAGGAUUGUCGACGAAAGGUCAAUACCCUUAACACGAGAUACAAACAAGAAUUACAAAAAAUGGAAACUUCAGGUUGCAAAUCUGAAUGGCGUUUGUUUCCUCUGAUACAUUGUGUUUUGCAACCUAAAAUUAAAGAAUUUGAUGCUUGGCAUGAACCGAUUAUUAUCAAAAAGCUCUUAGAUAAAAUACCUAAACCAGUGGAAGUUGAAACUACCGCAUCAACACAAAACCACCAAAACAGCAACAGCCAUCAGUAUUCAGCUUAUCAAACACGCACUGCUCCCACUUCAACUCAAGUCAAUUCUUAUCAGCAGCGUACUUACGUUUCCUCUGCCUUAUAUACCGAUGCCAAUUCACCCUACAAUCGACUAUCUUCGUCACAGGGUCGUUGUGAAAAAUCCUCUAUAUUACCCUUCCGCAAUAUAACCAUGGAGAAAAUUGAACAAUUGCGUCAGGAUAACAAUCGUUUAGCCGAACAACGUGAUGCUGAUCUAAAGUCUUUACAUUUGGAAGAAGAAAAUUUCCGCUGUUUUGAGACAUUUAUACGCAUCUGGACGGAACAGAAAGAAAUGGAAUUACGACGUGUUCAACUGAUGUCUGAACAAAAUGUUAUUAGUAUAGAAAAUGAAGAAAAUCAGAAUGUCGAACAGCAUCAGCUGCAUGAAACAGCAGUAACAGCUAAAUGAUAUAAUUCUUAUUACUUAGUAUUAGACUUUAUUUAUAUAUUUUAGUUAUUUUGAUUAUUAUUAUUAAUAUAUUCUGCAUUGAAACUUUA